CGAAAAUCGCGAGGGGGACGCAACGAGCAACAUCUUUCAUCUCAACGAGCAGAAUUUAACCUGAACAGGGGAUCUUCUUUGAUGAUGGCAUACAGCGGUAAUUCUGCUCCAAUCCCCCCCGCUGGGGAUGCCCCUCCGCCUCCUCCAGCACCUUACGGUGCUCCACGAGGUAAUCGCGAUCGGUCCCGUUCCCCGGGCGCUCGCCGCAGAUCCAUGUCUCCUCGAGGUGGACGUAGAUCGCCUUCUCCACGCGGUGGACGUCCUCACCCACAAUACUACGACUCUCGUGGGCCUGCGCCCUAUGAUGGUCGUGGCUACGAACCUCCUUACGAGCGCGGUUACGGUGGUUACGAUCGAGGGUAUGAGGGUCGAGGCGGAUAUCCUCCUAGAGGCAGUUAUGGAGGCUACGGUGGACGUUAUGAAGAAGGCUAUGGAGGCCGCUAUGGCGGCGGAGGCGGCGGCUACAGGCGCCGUAGCCCGCCCCCGAGGAGACGUUAUGAAGUGAUAAAAGGAAAUGACGAACAGCGACAAACGACGUCCUGUCUGUACGUCGGAAAUCUGCCCUACAGUUUCCGUGAAGAAGACGUCCAAGAUCUUUUCGACCGCUACGGAAGGCUGCGUAGUGUUUCUGUGCCAUUCGAUCGCUUUACUGGCCGUAACAAAGGCUUCGCUUUUGUCGCUUACGAAGAUCGCCGCGAUGCCGAAGAUGCCAAAAAUAAGUACGAUGGAUUUCUCGUCGAAGGUCGUCGUUUGAAAAUCGACUGGGACAUUGGUCUCGACAAGAAGGAUGAGAUCAAAUCCACUACGCGCCCAGCUCGCGGUGCGCCCGGUGAUGACUUUGGCAGGGACCGUCCGCGCUCUCCCCCGCCUGCUCCUGCUGCAGGCCGGCGUUCACCUCAGUACAGUCCGUACAGAAGGCGGUCUCCGAGCCCCUUCGGCGCUCGUCAUCCCUAAGCAAUGAUGAAGUGGGUUGCUUUCCCGAUGUGGAUAUGAAUGUAUAAAUAAUCUAGGAUGGAGAGUGGUAGCGAUGACAACAAUGGAUGUGGGAGGAGAAACCAGUUGAUUAUGUUUACUCUGAGGAAUCGUGCCGUACCUGUCAGUCGACAUGGAUUAAUGUCGUCGGAAUGCCGAGUCGAAGGCGUAAUUUUUAAUUGAGAAAGUAAUUUUGCUGGAGAGCCAAGUAGAGCGGCGACGUGGAUUUUUUUGACGAGGCAGAAAAUGUGGAAUUGAGGCAGAAUUCAGCAUUUUGGAGUGGUUGCUUAGAAGCACUUGGACAUUGACGAAAUACUGUAGCAACGGCCCCCUUCAAAAUGUUUUCAUGAGGAGGCCCGCAUCUAUUGCGUAAGUACAUUUGUGCAUUUCGUGUAUUUGAUUUCAUGCAGCCAAGAGAACUUUUUGCCUUGCACCUCAUGAGUACAAACUCGAAAAUCAUGGGAGUGGGACGGCUAGACAUCCCUCUAUACACAACAGCCAGGAAACCCGUGUGUCGACAAAAGAUACGCUGUACAUGUAUUGUUAUUAUUACAAACCGCUAAAGGCACGAGCUGAGCA